AUGUCAAAUUCUAAUCAACCUGAUGCUCCCUAUGUAGCAUUUGAAGAUGAGGAAGAAGAUUUAGAGGAAGGCAUGUCUAAUAGCUAUCCGUUACAUCCUACAGGUCAUGCUAGUUCUUCGCGAAAAUCAGCAUCACGACCCUCAUUUAUACAAGCGCUUUCAGCAAGUACGCAACAACAACAAAGAUACAAGCAGUUGCCUGGUGAAGAAAUAGAAGAACAAGAGGUUGAUGAGGCUCCAGCUUCAUUAAUGGUUGAAUCACCUCGUGAUAAUUCGGCGGAUAAUGGUACUUCUAGGCGGCCACCUUGGAAUUUUAGCUCACGUAGACGAAAUGAAAGACCGUUUGUAGGACCAGAUAUAUAUGAACUUACAUUGUGGAAGUGGGUUAAUGUCGAAAAUUUUGAUCUGUUUUUUGAACAGGUAUAUUCAUAUUAUUUGGGCAAAGGAAAAUAUUGUAUAUUGCUUAGCCGAUUUCUAAAUAUACUGACACUGGCUUUUGUAAUAGGAUUCUCAACCUUCUUAAUUGGCUGUGUUAAUUAUUCGAACUUAAGACCCAACACUAAAAUUUCCGAGAUAAUAGAACCGCAAUGUAUUAGCCGAUUAUCGGGUUUAAUGAAAUUAUUUCUUAUGCUGUCUUCCUGCUUUCUGUUACAACAAAUCGUCCGACUAAUAUUUGACGUGCGGCGUCUAACUGAUACGUAUCAUUUUUUCGUUGAACUUUUAAAGAUUCCGGAUGAGGAUAUGCAAACAGUUACAUGGCAAAGGAUUGUCAACCAGAUAAUACAAAUCCGGGAUAAUAACCCUACGACAAGUCAUCAAAUCCGCCAUGUCACACAACCUCAACAGCGUCUUGAUGCACAUACUAUUGCGAAUCGAAUAAUGCGUCAGGAAAAUUAUCUGAUAGCCAUGAUAAAUAAGGAUAUAUUGAAUUUGUCGGUUCCGAUCCCGUUUCUCGGAAAGCAGCAAAUGUUAACUAAAAUUAUUGAAUGGAAUUUGAGCUUUUGCAUAUUGGAUUUUGUGUUUAACGAAGAAGGUCAAUUUUCGCCACGCUUUGUCAAGGAUGUUAAUAAAAAAAAUGUUGAUAUAAAGGCUGUUAAGAAGGACCUAAGUGAUGAAUUACGACGUCGAUUUAUUUUCAUGGCGUAUAUUAAUCUAAUAUUCGCUCCUUUCAUUGUCGUGUAUCUCCUCAUGUACUUCUUUUUCCGAUAUUUUGAGGAAUAUUAUAGAAAUCCCAGUUCAAUAAACUCGCGUCAAUGGUCGCCAUUUGCUAAAUGGAAAUUUCGGGAAUUUAAUGAAUUGCCGCAUUUAUUCAAACUGAGAUUGAAUAACAGCCAUGAACCUGCAAUGAAAUACAUUAAUCAGUUUCCCAAGGAGAAGUCUGUAUUAAUUGCGAGAUUCGUAUCCUUAGUUGCUGGAUCUUUUGCUGCGAUUUUAUUCUUAGCAACUCUGAUAGAUCUCGAAAUUUCACCCGAACGUCCGAUACUCUUUUACGCUGGAAUUUUCGGAAUUAUCUUUGAAAUCAGUCGUGGUAUGGUUCCAGAUGAUCAUUCAGUAUUUGAUGCGGAAAAGAUUAUGAGGGAGGUUGCCGAGUACACGCAUUAUUUGCCAGAUGAUUGGAGAAAAAAAUUACACUCGAACCUGGUCCGGGAAGAAUUUUCAAAAUUAUUCGAAAUGAAGAUCGUUUUAUUCAUUCAAGAACUACUUGGUGUCAUUUUCACGCCUUUUUCCUUACAGGCCAUCGUUGACUUUUUCUUUAAAUGUACCAUUCAUGUGGAUGGCGUCGGAUAUGUUUGCAGUUUUGCCGUGUUUGACUUUAAGAAACAUGGAAAUGUCAAAUAUGGGGCACCAGCAGAAGUAGAUAAUGAGUAUUAUCUAUCAAAAGAAGGAAAAAUGGAAAAAAGUUUCUUGAACUUCAAGGCUAAUAAUCCGGAUUGGGAACCCACGGACCCAGCAGGAUCUGUAUAUCUUAGUCGUCUUACAGAGUUCAAUAAUCAGAUUCACCAUGAUCGAUCAAAUAACAUGCGUGCAUCCGGAAUUGAUUCGAUUCUACGUACAAAUCGUCGAACAGGUAAUGUGCACUUUGGAGCAACCACGACUGCGACUUCAUCACCUUACGCACAUCAUCGAACGAAUGUUGCUGAUUCUAUAUUGAAAGAAAAUGAUGUAUCUCACUUUACUACUCCGUCUCAAAAUUCAUCUCUUCGUAAACCAUAUUCUGCUGCAUCUGCCCAAGAGAAUUAUAAAAGUGAAUUAGGCGAAUCAUACUUUUUAGAAAGAGACACUAAUACAUCUAACGGAGUUUCAGAUGGUCCCUCUUCAGAGUCCACGGAACCUCAAGUUGGUAUCUUUGGUCUACUGAACCAGUUUUAUGAGUUGAACACUACCACUAUUUGA